AUGGAUCUUAGCCAACAGCAUCAAAAAUUUCAAAACCUACCUCAGCUCAUGGAUCUUGCUAACAACUAUGCAACCAUUUUAGCUAAAUUAGCCCUACCCCUACCAAUCCCACCACCUAAUAUUAUCCGAGAUUUUCUUUACAAUAGGCAAAAUGAGGUGGGGAAUCCCCUCCCCGAGAACCAAGUCAAUGAUGUUCCUAUGAACCUCUGCAUUCGAGAUCAAAAACCACAACCUCUGUUUCUAAGUCAGAUCUCAAAGAAAGUCAACGGAUUUCCUCCCAGUCCAUGGUCAUUACCACGUCUUCCCCUGGGUCAAGACGCUCCUCCGCUACCAUUGAAGGUGAAGGAAGCUCUCUUUCCCAUGUCACAGACACGCAGAAGAUCAGGCUGUAAGGGAUUGUCAGUGUGUGCAGCAUGUUUUAAAGCAUUCAAUAAAAUGAGUGAUCUCAAUCAGCACUACAUGCAAAGACACAAGGAUCUUCUAGAAAAGGAAUGGACAGCUGCCCUUAAUAAAAGACAGCGACGGUGCUGCAAAACUAAUAGCCGACGCCGAAUGUUAUGUGACCAAUUAGAAGAUGAGUCCGCCUAUCCCAAACCAUUUCAUCCCCGGACAGAAUCCUGUGAUCAUUUAUCAGGUGGGAAGUCAGAGAAUGGGGGGGUUCGAAAGGGUCACGUAUGCCCUUGGUGCAAUUAUUGUGCCAAGUGGCCAACUGAACUUCAGAAGCAUAUUGUGGUUCAUGCGAAUCUAAGACCAUUCGCUUGCAUGAUAUGCAAUAAUUGUUACAAAUGGAGCUGGGAUUUGGGUCGACAUUUCUCCACUGUCCACGCGGGUUUGCCCAAUCCCUACAAAAUGAGCAAAAAGAACCUUCGAGCCCAACUUCAACGCAAAUCCAACUGUGAUACUGCGACGGCGUAG